CAUUCAGUCGAAAUAGCAUCAUGUUUAGUGUAAGGUGGUGUUCUAAAUACAAAUUUUUGAGAAUUUUCGAUAGAAUGGACUAAGCUAGACGGAAAUUUAGUAUAAGUAGGGUAUUGAAUAUGGAUCCACGGUUAGUGAUUUAUUUGAUUUGCGUUCAGCAAUUGAUGGUGGAAGCAAUACAUUCCAGUGAAACACAGCAUCGAACCAAAGCAGCAAGUGAAAAACAGCACGAUUUAUGGUGUCACAAAUGUGACUCAAUGCUCGACGGAGAAAAGUGUUUGGAUCUUACCGGAAAUUAUAGCUAUUUGCAUCAAAAAUGUAGCAAAGACCAGAAAAAGUGCCAGGUGAGAAGGAUUUCGAUGUCUACAAGUACUGAAGAAGUGACAGGAAAACCAAAACUAUGGUUGUUGCAACGAAAUUGUUCAGAAACAUGCGAAUCCGGUUGCAUAAUAAUAGGAGAACGAACAAAAUUACAUUCUUGCAUUACUUGUUGUGAUGAACAUAACUUUUGUAAUGCUGGCAAUGGUGCUAGUGUUCGAGAAUUUUUUGGCUAUAGUUUUCUCAGGCAUUUUAAAACUUCAAUAUUCAAGCUUUUCUACUGAACUUAUUUUAGGUGGAUUUUAUUUCAAGUCUUACAUCUAUAACAAAUCAAUGUAUUAUUUUAUAAACAAAACUUUUAAACCCUGUUAGAUAUUGUGUUUUAAGGCGAAAUUUUAAUAAAAUUAUUACGUGAAUCUA